AGCAAAGAUGAGGAUCACACACUACAUUACAACUAUACAAUUGCAAUAAAGAAUUGCACUUAAAUUAACUGAGUAUAUAACAUAGUAUUAAGCAAUUAGCAUAUUGAUUUCUCGGUUCGUGUGAGUGUGACUAUAGGAUUUGCUGGUGGUGAUUGCAAAACUCAAGCAAAAAUAAAUAACUUGUUUCCUUAACUAAGUUAUCAUGGUUCAUUUCCCAUCUUUUGUCAACGGUUUGGCGAAAACCGUGUCUAACAAGAAAGAGAAGAAUUUUCCAAAGGAUGAUGCAAGAAAGGCUAUAGAAGAAUUGGCAAAAGAAGCAAGGAAGAAUGAAUUAUUGUUGAAAUCUUCUGGGGUUGUUAAGUCCAACAAGGACAACGGUUUUGUUUCUGUGUUUACUAAUAGGGGCCAAAAAGGAGUCAACCAGGAUUGUCUUAUGGUUUGGGAGGAAUUUGGUGGGCAACAAGACAUGAUGUUUUGUGGAGUUUAUGAUGGGCAUGGUGCUUGGGGACACUUUGUAGCCAAAAGGGUAAGGAAAUUAGUACCAGCCUUUUUGCUAUGCAAUUGGAAGGAAAAUGUAGCUGGUACAUCAAUUAACCUAGAUUUUAAGAUGGAAGCAGACAAAAAUAUACAUGGAUUGGACCUAUGGAAACAAUCCUACAUAAAGACUUAUGCUGCCGUUGACCAAGAUCUUAAGCAGCACACUGGGUUUGAUUCCUUUCGAAGUGGCACUACAGCUUUGACAAUUAUCAAACAGGGUGAAAACCUUAUAAUAGCAAAUGUGGGUGAUUCGAGAGUUGUCUUAGCAACAACUUCAGAGGAUGGCACAUUAUUUCCACUUCAGCUUACCACUGAUUUCAAACCAAAUUUACCAAAGGAGGCAGAGCGCAUAGAACAAUCCAAAGGUCGAGUAUUUUGCAUGAAAGAUGAACCAGGAGUAUACAGAGUGUGGAUGCCAAACGGUAAAACACCAGGAUUAGCAUUAUCUAGAGCUUUUGGUGACUAUUGUAUGAAAGACUUUGGUUUAAUCUCUGUGCCAGAUGUGACACAUACAAAGCUCACCACUAGGGACCAAUUUAUCAUCCUAGCAACAGAUGGGGUGUGGGAUGUUGUAUCGAACCAAGAGGCAGUGAAGAUUGUUUCAACAACGCCACAUAAAGAAAAAGCAGGUCAAAGACUUGUUAAAUAUGCUAUGCGUGAAUGGAAACGAAAGAAAAGUGGUAUUGCCAUGGAUGAUAUGUCAGCAAUUUGUCUCUUCUUUCACACUAAACUUGUUGUUGAUUAAGAUUUAAGAAUGCUUCCUUAUAUAUGACACAGUUUUGUAGUAUAAACUUAUACAUUAAUAAAAAUGGCAUCUAUAGUCUUUUGACAACUA